AUGGGAUCUUAUAAUAAUAAUAUCUUCGAGCUUCCCGCUGAUGAACCCCACAAUACUCGCCCUGCAGGAUACGACUUCAAGAAUCUUUACUUUCCUCCACCGCCAGCAUACUCCGCAAACAGUACACCGACCCAAGAGCAAUCUACAUCACAGCAAAUAAACCGCAAGUCAGGCUUUGCCAAUCGUCUUCACGUCCUCAGCGCCAAGAUCGCUGGCCCCGUGAAUGAUUUCGCGAACAAGCUCGGGUGCGAGGCAUUCAUGCCCACCACUGUAGAAAAGGAGUGUGAGAAAGCAGCACGAAUACUGACAUCUUUCUGUGAGGGAACGCCACUUCCGCCAAACGAAUCAUUAUCAAGACGAAAGGCACUAGUCACCAUUCCACGACAGGUCCUCAGGUCAGCUGCAGGUCUUGCCAUCUUCACCGCAUUUCGCUCUGGCGCACAAUUCACCUGGGGUAGUGGUUCAGGCAUUGUUGUAGCACGACAGCCCGAUGGGUCAUGGUCACCGCCAUCUUCUUUUGCCGUCAACACCCUCAGCGUUGGCUUCAUGGUUGCCAUGGACAUAUUCGACUGCGUGUGCGUCCUGCGGACCCCGGAAGCCGUAGCUGCGUUCACCAAACCGAGAGUCUCCUUCGGCGGCGAGGUCGCUGUCACUGCUGGACCAGUUGGUACAGGCGUGUAUGUUGAUUCAGCUGUUAAUAGCGACGGGGCUGCUGAGCCUAUAUGGAGUUAUGUGAAGAGUAGGGGGCUGUAUGUUGGUGCGCAGAUAGAUGGGACUGUUAUCACGACGAGAGAUAAGGCAAAUGAGGACUUUUAUGGAGUGGAAGUCCCUGUUGGUUCUAUCCUACGGGGCGAGGUUCCAGCUAGAGGGCCUAUGUGGCCGGAAGGAUACUGGAGGCUGAAUAAUGUGUUACGAGAAAUAGAUUAUGGAAGGUGA